CAUGAUAAGGAUUGGGUAGAUUUUCUCAGUACAGUGCACCUUCACCCUAUCCCCCAGUCAACCUCUUUGUAUGUCUGGCACCCUUUGGUGGCAACAAACUGGGAUUUGAUUAAAUGGGGGCUCCCCUUGGUGGUUGUAAUAUGGCUCCAGCAAACACACACUUCUGCUCUGUAAGGACACUAUAAGUGGUACAACUUUCUGCCAGCUCCCAACACCCACAGUGUUGUUAGUGCUUAUGCUGCUUAUGUAAGACAAAAUGCUUAUGCAAAAUGUUACAUGUAAGUUGUUGCAAAAAAAUAUAGUGACUUUUGUUCCAGACAGAGUCUUUUCCUGCCUUCUGCCCACAUCACAUCCUCAGCUCCUGUGUGGUGGCACAAGCUGUGUCCCGGUUCACAAUGAACUGGAGCAAUGCUGAAUGGUUUGGAGGGGGGAAUUCCUUUAUCCUUAGCAGCCCUGGUUGAUCCCACUGGAUCCCCACUGCACCUUUGCAAGCCAUGCACAGGCAUUGGAAGGUGCUGUGAUCCAUUUCAGAACUGCUGUCUGAACAAGCUGCACAAGGUCAGACUGUUCCAUCUGUCCACUCACCUGUAUCUAGAUGUACAAAGGAUUGUUGUAGCAAGAUACGGGCAUGUCUGGAAGGAGCUAAGGAGAUUCACACUAUCUACGCUGAGGAACUUUGGGAUGGGAAAGAAAUCCCUGGAGGAGCGAGUGGUAGAGGAAGCUGGCUUUCUUUGUUCUGCAAUAAAGUCUGAAGAAGGUAAAUCUUUUGAUAUACAUGUUCUUAUAAAUAAUGCUGUCUGCAAUAUGAUCUGCACCAUUGUCUUUGGAGACCGUUUUGACUACGGUGAUGAGACAUUCAACAAGUUGUCACGGUUAUUUCAAAAUUCCUUGAAUGAAGAAACUGGAUUCCUGCCUCAGUUUCUUAAUGUGGUGCCCAUUUUGUUGCGCAUCCCUGGAGUGCCACAGAAAGCCUUCCGAGCACAAAAGGAGUUAAUGGACUUCAUAGAUGUGGUCAUAGAUAAGCAUAUGAAGACGUGGGACCCUGCUUACACCCGAGAUCUCACGGAUGUGUUUUUAAAGGAGAUGGAGAAGGGUAAGGCAGCUGAAGAGAAUGGUUUCCACUAUAGCAACCUUCGUCUGGUGGCUGUAGACUUGUUUACAGCUGGUUCUGAGACCACCUCCACCACUCUUCGGUGGGCAUUGCUUUAUAUGCUUCUCCACCCAGAAAUACAGAAUAAGGUCCAGGCAGAGAUUGAUAAAGUGAUUGGCAGAGAGAGACCCCCCACCAUGAAGGACCAAGCAAGCAUGCCCUACACUAAUGCUGUGAUCCAUGAAGUACAGCGCUGUGGGGAUAUUGCUCCUGUUGGGCUACCUCACAUGACGUACCGGGACACUGAGUUGCAAGGCUUCUUUAUUCCCAAGGGGACGACAAUCAUCACCAACUUGUCUUCCGUGCUGAAGGAUGAGACAGUCUGGGAGAAACCAAACGAGUUUUACCCCGAGCACUUCCUGGAUGCAAAGGGGCAGUUUGUGAAACCAGAGGCCUUCCUGCCCUUCUCAGCAGGUCGACGUGCCUGUCCAGGAGAACAGCUGGCCAGGAUGGAGCUCUUUCUCUUCUUUACCACUCUCCUGCAGAAAUUCACUUUCGUGCUCCCUGAGGAGCAGCCCAGGCCACGGGAGGACGCUCACUUUGCACUCACGAACUCUCCACACCCAUACCUGUUGCGAGCUCUCGCAAGAUAAAUGCACACCAUUCUCCUUUCACUCACAGACCACCACCCACCCAAACUCUGCCAGAAACAUUGCAGGUCUAGGCAGGAUCAUGCCAGGUUCAAUCUCAAGUCUGUGCAGAGGGCCACAUCUGUGUAAAGUAAGGAUCUAGGCAAAUAUCUUGUUUAGCUUAAUUCUAGUCGUGAUUCUUGAAUCAGAUGAGAACUUCAGCUUCAACAACAAGGUGACAUUAAAAUGUAGUUUCAGAGUAGUGCUUCUGAAAAAUCUUACCAUCCAAGAUAUACAUGUCCCCUUCAUUCCUUCCUGUUUAUUACACCCUUCUGUAUGCUGAACAAAUAUUGCAUUGUCUUAAUUUACAGCUUCCAAGAAAGUAAGUUUUAAUCCUCACAACCCUUAUAACACUAUGCCAUCCAGUAGGAGUAAAUACCAAGGAGUAGAUAAAUAAUCCAUAUGUUUCAGCCACAGGAGGUCACUUGUGAAAUACAGAAAUUUCGAAAAUACAUUUAAAGAGAAAUCCUGCUGUUUAGAUUUACUAUGUCCUCUAAUUAAAACUUUUUUUUGUUUGUUUGGUUUUUUUUUUUGUUUUUUGGCAUUACAUAAAGUCAGCUCUUGGACAGGUUUGGAACUCAGAAAGGGAUGGAGUUAUACUGUUUGAAACUGUAUGGCCAUAGAUUUCAGAGUUACCUUUCUUCAAUAUUCCUGACAAAUUGUUUUGCAAAAUGUACAGAUAAGUUGAUGUUUAAAUUACCACAUGUGAAAAGACAAUAGCACAAAGGAGCUCCUAUGUAUAACCACCACGAAAGAAAAAAUAAAAUAAUCUGAAAUUGAAUGCAUGUGUGCAGAAGUAAUUUUGUGUAGCAGUAAUUUUGGAAGCUACGAAAGCUAUUGAAUUAUGCAAAUACUUAUUAACAUAAUUAAGAUUUGAACUUCAGCAGGAACAGCACAUUUAUGCUUUUAAUCUACAAAAUAACUUCAA